ACCUGCUUGUAAACCCAUCAUUUCCUCUACCUCGUUUUAAAAAUAUAAACGGCUUUUUAAUGAUUGACUCUAUUUUGUGUAUUGUUUGUUGACUCAUACUGUUUGUUCUGUUGUGAAUAUUACGAAAUCUAACAAGAAACUAAGUGCCAUCCAUCUGUAACGUUGUAAAACCAAUCAAAAACGAGAAACAAACUGAAACUACGCCAAAGUAAUCCUUCGGCGUCAUAUAUCUGAAUCCCCAGCUGCUGUGUUUAGGUGUUGAACGCGUCAACUACGCGUCAUCUGUUAUGUUUUGUUCCUGCGUUGGAAUUCGCUUAGCUGCUGUUGAAAAUACGCUCUAGUGUGCCCCGUUUCGUGUAUUGUUGCAAACUUGUUCCGGUUAAGUGAAAGUGCUAUAUACGGACACCAUGGAGAUUCACACGGAAAGCAGCGGCAUCGAUUCAUCGCCGGAUAUGAAUAUCAGUGCCGAGCUGAACCCUUCGCCACAUCGUUCGGCAACCGUCAUGCCGAGAAAGCUGUCCUUCUCCGGUAACUCGCCGGAACGUAAUCCGGCAGAGCCAUCGGGCAAGAAGCAACCGUCUCUAUCACCGCCGUAUCGAAAGGUGCAGGCGCUACGUCUGUUCGAUACACCAGCAACGCCAAAAACCAUUCUGCAAAAAUCAACCAAUACAAUGUUCCGCCGACAAGUGUUUGGCCCCGGGACAACACUAUUCGCACCGUCGGCGGAUGUGCUCGCUCAAUCAGGUACCGAUGCGGACGUGCUAGCAAAACCAAUGGACGGAGGAAUGCCGAUUUUCGUCACCGACAAACCCAAACCGGUUCCGCUUCAUCGGCGUUAUGACGUGGGGCUACCGCCGGCUAACGUGAAUCCCUUCACACCGCCUGCUAUGUUUAUGCGAACGAAGAAGCGUACCCGGCAGGAGUGUCCCGAAAGUGCCAAAGCAACUAUCGGUGAUAGCAAUGCGCAUUCGAUGAAGGGCCAGUUCGUGGGUUUGUUUGCUAACAACCGAAUCAACAAGUGUCGCCUUCCGUACAGUGGUGUUGCUACACCGUUUGCGCUAAGGCAGGCGAACGAUUCCACCACAAACCAUACGCUCAAAACGUUCAAUAUGGUGGAGGACGAGAAUGGUGAGUUUAGGCAGGCCUCCAAACGGCUCGCCCUACAGGAUUCCAACAUCUCCCGGUACAAGCAGGAAUUUAUCGAACUGUCGCUGCUCGGCAAGGGUGAGUUUGGACAAGUGUACCAGUGUCUCAACCGGCUGGACGGAUGUGUUUAUGCGAUUAAGAAAAGCAUCCGACCGGUCGCGGGUAGCUCGCUGGAGAAGACGGCCCUGAACGAAGUGUAUGCCCAUGCCGUGCUCGGCAAACAUGAUAACGUGGUACGCUAUUAUUCUGCCUGGGCCGAAAACGAUCAUAUGUUGAUCCAGAACGAGUUCUGCAACGGAGGCAGUCUGCAGACGGUGUUGCAGGAACGCUGCUUGAAGGAAUCGGAACUGCGCACACUGUUGCUGCACAUUGCCGAAGGCCUGCGGUACAUUCACUCGAACGAUCUGGUACAUAUGGAUCUGAAGGCAGGGAACAUUUUCCUGUCCAAAACACCACUUCGUUCGGGCAGCGCAAUGCACGGAGCUACUGCCCUGCCCGUAAUAGCCGACUGUCCCGACGAUGGGUUUGAGGACGUGUACGACGAUCUGGAGAACGAGUACUUGGUGACGUACAAGAUCGGGGAUCUCGGGCACGUCACUUCGAUCCAUGGGCCACAAGUGGAGGAAGGCGACUGUCGCUAUCUACCGAACGAGAUACUGCAGGAAGAUUACAACAAUCUGCCCAAGGGCGAUAUCUUUUCACUUGGUAUCACACUGUACGAAGCGGCCGGUGGUGGACCACUGCCGAAGAACGGUAAGGGAUGGCAUCAGCUGCGCAGUGGCCAGUUUCCCGAUCUGCCCAACAUUGGGAAGGAUUUCAAUGAACUCAUCAAGCAGAUGAUGCACCCGAACCCGGAAAAGCGUCCCUCGUCCACGACGAUCUUCAACCAUCCCGUACUAUCACCGGUGGAUUCUAAAACUAAAGCUCAGCUGUGUCUGGAGCUGAGCUUGGAGCGGCAGAAGAACGAGGUGCUGUUGAGAAAGAUCAAGGAACAGGCGAAGCUGCUAAAAACAAUCGAACAACAUUCCCUUACACCAGUUACAACAUCGGUUUCGCGCAAGACACGCUACUCAGGAGCAUCCCGUGAAGCGGUCACCUCCGAUCGUAAACUUCGUUCCUAUUCGCACAAGAAGCGUACCACCAACCUUAUCUCCAAAAGAAGAGGCAUUAAGGACAGUAACAAAUCGAAGGAUUAUUAGGGCACGCGCAUGAAAUCUCUCUUUAGCACGUCGCCUGUACUCGUUCCGGAUCGUCCAAGAUAUUAAAGCCAGGAAGUGUGGUGUACGACCGUUUGUUUUGUCAUCGUGCCUUUCGGUCGCAGGAAGAAAGCGGCAAAUCGUGUUAUUCCGUACAUACAGUUAAAUUUCUUCAUUCUCUCAAUAAUGCUUCAGAAUGUUAUACUCAUUCCAAAGGUAAUCGUGUCCAAAUGAUAAAUAGGUGACCGAAUGAAAUCACGAGUCAGUGUCGAAGCUUCAGUUUGAACACUUUCCCCUUACUUCUUCCGUACAGUACUUCACAUACUCUUCUUAAGGAACUUGUGAUUUGUAUCAACUCAUCAACUCGUUUUAUAAACCCAUCUUUUUGCAUUCUUUUUUUUUACAUGUCUAGAUUAGUUUUUAACUUUUUAUUUCUUUUUCUUUCCUUUCAAACCAAAAUUUAAUGUCUUUUCUUGCCAAAUUCUUUUAAAUUGUGCUUUUUUCCUUUCUUUUCGGGCAUUAAUGUCUCAGUUUUAUUGCUUUUGUUUUUGGCUUUCUAAUUAGGGCACAUUUUAAUUGUUUCUGUGUUUAUCGUUUCCUAAUUUAAAAAACUCCAUUUUUAUUGAUCGAUUAAUUCAACUGUCGAGCGAUGCUCAAAAUUCAUUCGAAUCUGAAAGUAAUGUGUAAAUGUUGGUUAAUUUUGCAUCUUGUUACAAAGUUGUGCUAAUACGCUCAUGUUACGUUUUUUUAUAUUAAACAGUUCAAACUUAGAGGAAAUGAUUGACCGUGAAGUAAAUGAACACUCAUUAGAAUAGGAUGAGCUAGGAAGGAUUAGAUUAUUAAAUUUACUCAAUUCUCGAUGUUUGGAACGGAACAGGCGCAAACUGCUUGUUUGCAUCAUUGUCCAGUUAGGAGUAAAACAAUGGAACAGAACAGAUACAUUAAACCAAAUCAUGGAAAUGAAUCCAAAAGCGACAUGUGUACAGAUGUGUAAGGAAGACAUUAGACCGAAGGAUAAUGGAUCGUUCAGGUAGAAUCGGACCCCGGAUCCGCUGUUACGAAAAAUAUGUGAUGAUAAAUUCCGUUGAAACUAAUCAACGGCCUUAGUGAGCAUCAACAAACGAAUAGUGUUGUUUGACGUAGCCUUAUCGAUUGAAACAAGUGGUAAACAUACGAAAGGAGCGCUGUGUACGUAGGUAGGGGUGGGAGUAAGAAUUGGUAGGAGUCUAUUAGAUUCCAUUACAAAACAAAACAAAAAAGCGAAGCGAAACGAAAGGCUGUAAACUUGCCGUUGAACAAGAAGAUAUCUAGGAAAACCAAUUACAUCGAUCAUAUGCGAUCCGCUGCGCCAUCAUCGGGCAACCUUAUUGUAAGCGCAGUUUUUAAGCAUUAUAAGCAAACGAAUUAAGUGAUAGAGGUGUACCGCAAGCGUAUAAAUAUAUAAGGAAACUUUAUUGUGUUUAAGGAUUGGAGGAUUACUUUUUCAUAUAUAUUUUUUUCUUGUUUUGCCACAAACCUACAUUGUCCAGAAGUAGAUCGCUCGAUCACGAGUAAGAGUAUAGCGGCUCUAUAAGAGAAAGAGAGCAGCCCAAGCAGAACAAGUUAUCACGAGUCGUCCCCUGUUUGUGAACCAGGUGGACCAAACAUAAUAAAAAAAGGUAACAGGUGAAAAAAUGUAUACAAAAACGGAUAGAAAUACAGUAAGAAUCUACAGUUUAGUGUUGGUAAAUGGUAAAAAACCAAAAUCGCCAAGAAGAUAGCAUGAUUUCACCGUUCAUCGUGGAUUCUGUGCGCAAACCAGAUCAGUGAAUAGGAAGAAAGCAUGUGAAAAUGGAAGGGAAUAUUUGUGAUUUUAAUAAGUAAGCUAAACACGGUCGGUGUCUCUGGUUGCGCGAACGAUCCGUUCUUCUUCCCCAGAUCGAUCCGAAACCAAAAAAAAAAAAUAUGGAACGUAUGUUUUGCACUUGAUCGGAACGGUCCGGGUAACAAUAGGGAUCCGAUGCGCACAUGAGACACCGACCACUGCAGCCACAUACGCUAGAUAGGAGCUAGAAAUAGACAAUUAAGAUAUAGGGUUGAAGAUGGCAACUUUCAUGAUGCAGCGUUAUAUAGUCACUACUCAAUAUAGGUUCGCCGGUUUUCCCACUCAUCGAUGAUGUUGUUCUCUAAAGACGUCUUUUGAAUAUCCCGAGGAACGUUAGGAAGCUAGGGAUCAAAGUUUUGCCAUUCAUUCCAAAGCAUCAUCAUCAUCUUCCCUAUACAGGUAGCGCCUCAGUUGAUGAUCUCCCUAACGAAGAUCAAGCAAGACCUAUCUCUCAAGUGCCACUAGUUCUUCCUUUCAUUAUAGCUGAUGAACCAUAUGCAAGAUGAUCAUUCAUUCGUCUACCCCUUUAUCGAAUACUCCGAUACUCAACAUGAAUGUUUCUUCCUAGGGAGCUAGGGUAUAUAGUUAAGACUUUCCUUAUUGUUAUGUAGCGUUAUUAAGAGCGAAUGAACAUUGUAUGCAGUACACUUUCUCACAUACCUGAAAUCGAAUAAAGAACAAUAAACGAUAAAUCGGAUACAAAACGAA